ACACUACAACCAAGAAAACUUCAAAGGCAGUAGUGGUUUGUCAAGGCUUGAUUUUCAGAACCAAGGAGAAAUAGCUGGUUGAUCAGCUACUACGGGAAACCACUUGGAUUAACAAGACCAGCAAGAAAUCAUCAUGGAUUAUAUGGAAAUAAAGGAUUUUUGACAUUGAUAACUCAAAUGGCAAUUUUGAAAAAGAAGACCAUGACAAGAGUAAUAAGCUAGACUCGGAAUGGGUGUGGAACAACUGCUCAUAUAAUCUAAUUUGUCUCCAAGACAUUUUGAAUGACUGGAUUUGACUGAAGUUUCAACUAGUUAAAUAAAUACAUGGAUUUUCUUUUUCUCCAUUUCUCCAAUUUUCUGUUUCUGUGAUAUUACCAACUGGAGUCAUCUCAAGAACCUGUUAGGACUGUGGGAGUUCACUGUCAAAGACGUGAAGUACAGUUUGACCAUUUUAUGGGCUGUGGUUUCCUACUGCUUAUACAUUGUGUCAUUCCACUUUAAUCUUGCCCCAUUGGGAGCAAGUUAUGCUGUCUGUCAGUGAAAACAUGUAUUCUUGAGGUCUCCUUGAGAUCACACGAUUGAGGGCAUUAAAGAAUUGGGCAUCUCAUACUAGAAGAAACAAGCAGUUUUGGGACUUAAGAUAUUUUCUUUGUUUUCUCUUUGAUUAGGUUUUACUGGUCCCAAACACCAUAAACUGUCAAGAAAUGUAUGAUUUUAACUUGGAUUAUUUAGAAGAUUUCCUCAUAAAGUCAGACAGAGACCCUGUCCACUUCAUCUCUUGAUACAUAAACCUGCGAUGAACUGCACUCCCAAUGCCACCAUCAUCACCGAGCUGGGACUUGAUCUGAUCCCAAGGACUGCAAAUGAAACUUCCAUAGCUGGUGGCAGUGGGGCUGUUACCAGUGGAGGUUUGUGGGUGACCUCCUUGCUUGGUGCCACACUUUUAGUCAUGUGUGCUGUAGGAUUGGCAGGCAACAUUUACACACUCAUCGUUACGCGCUCAGCUGCUUUGUGCCGCAAGGGUUCUAUGUAUGUUUACAUUGUUAACUUAGCUCUGGCUGACCUGCUUUACCUUUCCACCAUACCCUUUGUUGUCUGCACCUACUUUUCCCAUGACUGGUUGUUUGGUGAGGCAGGUUGCCGCAUUCUGCUGAGUCUGGAUCUUCUAACAAUGCAUUCCAGCGUCUUCAUUUUGGUUGCAAUGAGCUUAGAACGUUACCGAGCCGUGGCCAAGCCCUUCAGCGCCCACAAAUCCUCUUCUCGCAGUAGAAGACUCAGUGCAGUUAUUAUUUGGGGGUUGGCUUUCAUCCUUACACUUCCCAUGAUGGUAAUGAUACAGCUCCGGGAAGGCAAGCCUACAGUGUAUGGCUUUGUAAAAAGAAUCUGUUUCCCUACCUGGACACCUGAGGCCUUUAAGGCCUAUCUCACAGUACUGUUUUUCACAAGUGUUUUAGUCCCUGGAUUGAUAAUUGUUGGAUUGUAUGCUGGACUAGCAAAGCGUUACUGGACAGUGCAGGCUAGUUUGGGGGGCAGUAGCCUCUCAACCAGGAGGAAAGGACUCAAACAAAAAGUGUUGUCAAUGAUAUUAAGCAUUGUAGUAGUAUAUUGGGCAUGUUUCUUACCUUUUUGGGGAUGGCAGCUCACUAAACUUUUCUCCCCAGAUUCCCUCAAAGCUUUGUCUGCAGCUGCUCAUAAUUAUGUCAAUUUCUUUGUCACAUGUCUCACGUAUGGAAACAGCUGUAUUAAUCCAUUCCUUUACACUCUUCUGACUCGAAAUUAUAAAGAUUAUUUAGCUCAAAAAGGUCAGUCGGGGGGAUCGACCAAGGCUGAUCCUGGAACAGCUGUUACGACACCUCUUCAAGAACUUUAAUAGAUCGCUGUCCAGUCAGGUUACAUUUUAGAAUUAUAAGCCAGAGAGAAGACAUUUCAGUUAUAGUAAAAUCAAAAAUACAAUUGAAACCUUGUAGACACAUUAACCAAAACCUGAUCAUGUAAAGAAUCAAAGAUGUCUAAGAAUAACGAGGCAUUCCUAAAUGAAAGACAGAGAAUGGAAAUGGUACAGAAAAGCCAUCAAUCCGUUGCCCAAAUGGAGGCGGCUUAUAAGGUAGCUCUGUUCAAAAGGGUACAUGCUAAAUAUGUUAAUUGUUUUUAUUUUGUUUAUUCUGCAAACUGCUCUUCUUGUUCCCAGAUCAACUACUUGAGAUCUUAAACAUUUAACCUUUAAUUUUGAACUUGUAGACUUAUGACAUAUUCCUCUAAUACCUCAGUUGAAAAUACUUCCCCUCAGCCUACUUAUGAUAUUAAAGUAGAGUUUUACAAUUAAACUAGACUAUAAAUAUUAAUUUAACUAUACCCAUUAUUAAAUGCAGUUAAUGGAUGAUUUCUGUUUCACAUUGAUAAAGGACACCUAUAAAGGGGACAGACCAGCAGAUAUGGAUAUUUGAUAGACUAAUGUGAGACUGUGAUUGCUUCUGAAGAAAAUGACAAAUACUAAAAUGUUAUUUGUAUGUUAUUUGUAAGUUGUUUUUUUCCCACGUUUUUUUUAUAUAAUCAUGAGUUUAAUAAAUCUUCAAAAACUGCAUCUCUCAUUUGGUUAAGGCUGUGUUAAGCAUAGUUUUUAUCUUGUAAAUAAAGAUAUCUCCCCUACCAGGGAAUGUGUUUAAAUUGUGUUACAUUCCUCGGCCUCUCUACAGGGUUCUUUUGAGCCCCACUGUAAAUUGUUUCUGACAGAGGAUCCAUCUAACAUAUGCUAAAUUCAGUCCCUUUUUCCACUUUGCUGUGCUUUAUUCUUCUUUGUCUGGCUUUUUCUAAUGUUAAUGUUUUGUUAAUGAUGCUCAAUGCUGAAAAUAAAAUGGAAGCCUAUUUCAAAGUUGUUGUUUUU